AUGGAGACGGCAAUUUUGAACAGUAUGUGCCGGUGUUGUGCAUCAGAGGGUGUUUUUAAAGACGUUAAAACUUCUUAUACAUGGAUGGGCGAAGAAGAAGUCUACGCCGACAUGUUGCGAGAAAUUUUCGCCAUAAGCUUGAGUACUUCGGACAACGGCGAGGAUGGUGGCAUAUGCGAGGUUUGCAUCACACAGCUGCGUAACGCAGCCAACUUUAAGAAACAAGUACUGCAUACCGAGGAGCAAUUUAAGAAGCAUGUCAACCACAAGCUUUUUAAACCGAGCAUAGUGAAGGUGGAAGCCCUAGUGGAAGAUGAUAACGAUUCCGAUGACAACAAUAUGUCGGCCGAAGAGGGAUAUUCCGGAACAGAAUUCGAAAUACCAAUAAAGACAGAAACGGAAGAGCCAAAACCAAGGAAACGAGCAGCAGCAGCUAAAGCAACCACAUCUCGAGCAAAAAAAGCUAAGAGUGACAACGGCGAGUCAUCCUCGAAACGAACGGACGAGGAAGCGCCCAAACGCAGAAAAAGGAAAAAGAAAUCGGACGAAAGCGCGACGCCAGAACGCGUUGAGCACAGGGUCAACCUUACUGCCAUACUACAGUACUCCAACGCUAGUCCUUUCAGGGACAAGACGAUCAGAGGCUUCUCCUGCCUCUACUGCGCUAACUACUUCCCUGAUAUCGAAGAACUGCGAAAGCAUACAGCCCAAAAAUCUGAAAAAGACAAAAUUAACACUAUCAUAGAUUAUAAACUUAGCUAUAAUCCUAUCAAAGUAGAUAUUACUAACCUUCGUUGUACAGUGUGCAAUUUAGAAAUGAGGGACCUCACAGAUCUCAAGGACCACCUCGUCUCUGUCCACAAUAAGACUAUUCACAAGCAUAUUAAAGACAUAAUUCUUCCCUUUCGUUUGGAGAACGGGCACAAUUUUACUUGUGUCAUUUGUUCAGUAGUACACAUAUCCUUUAAAAAUCUUUACCAUCAUAUGAGCAGCCAUUACAGAAACUACUGCUGCAAGAAGUGCGGAGCUGGAUACAUAACUAUUGCAGCGUUAAGAAAACACGGAAAAACUCAUGCCCAGGGUAUAUUCCCAUGUGAUUACUGCGAUAAAUCUUAUACUUCUCUUACAAAGAAACGAAAUCACGAAAAAGGUGUUCACACAGGAGGUUGGCUGCGAAACAAAUGUCCGCAUUGCCCAGAAAUAUUUGUUAGCUACUACGAUAGGAGCGAACAUCUCGUGAAAGAACACAACCAGGCUCCAGUAAUAUAUCCUUGUAACGCCUGCAAUAAGACUUAUAAAAAGAAAUUUGAGUUGAACAGACAUAUCAAACAUCAUCACUUGCAACAAAGGAGCUAUCUAUGCGAUAAGUGCAAUGCUAAGUUCUUUUCUAAGAGAGGAUUAGUAGAUCAUCUAUCUAGACACACGGGCGGUGAGGUUUGCUCCUGUGACGUUUGCGGCAAAACGUUUUCCAGAGCUCGAACUUUGAAGGAACACAUGAAAAUCCAUGGAGACGAUAAACGAUUCCAGUGCGAAAUUUGUAAGAAGACCUUCAUGCAGAAAUGCAGCUUGAAGAGCCACGUGCGGCUGCAUCAAGACGAUUUAGAUAUAUUUAAGGAAUUUGAUGAUGUUAAACAUUUAAUAGACAACAGAGAGUUGACCUUGAAACAGAUUGCUGCUGAGAGCAAGCGGAAGGCGCAAGCAGAGAAAAUGAAAGAACAAUCUUUUGUUUAG